CCUAAUAAAAAGAAAAGGAGAGUAGAGAAACGUCAACGGUUGAAAUCAAUCUGGGAUUGUUCCCAACCUUUUCAGUAUCAAUCAAGAAGGAUUAGAACACUCUCAACAAGAUUGAGAAAAAAGAAAAUUUCUGCACGUCUAUAAUUUCCGGGAAAAAGAAGAGAGAGAGAGAGAGACAGAAAACGAUAUUUUUCCAUCUGAGUAUCCUAUCCUCCAAGCUCCUGCCUUUUUCUCGGUGGAAGAGAAGAGAGAUGAGAGGAAGAAAUUCGUACGGGAAUUACACAAACCCAUGUUUGACUAUGCACCAGCCUUGGGCUUCUCUCCUCGUUUAUGGGAUCAAACGCGUUGAGGGAAGGUCUUGGCCUGCUCCCUUCAGAGGCCGUUUAUGGAUUCAUGCUGCAAGUAAGGUUCCUGAUGAGGCUACGAUCAAGGCCAUGGAGGACUUCUACAGGGAAAUUUAUGCUGUGAAUGGAAUUACUGAUGUUCAAUUCCCAGAACAUUAUCCUGUUUCAAGACUUUUAGGUUGUGUUGAAAUGGUUGGAUGUCUUGAACGUGAAGAACUAGCAGCGUGGGAGAUGGUACCUGAAGGGGUGAGGCUGGAGGCACAAACUGAUUUUUGUUGGCUCUGUGAGCAACCGCAGAAAUUGUUAAUCCCAUUCGAAAUGCGGGGGUACCAACGUAUCUAUAACUUGGAGAAGAAGAUAUAUGAGUCUGCCGUUAGGGGUAUCAGACCAGUUGAAGGUCCAUUGCCAGUGAAAUUUCCUAUUCCGGAUCAACGAGAUCCAUUUUCCCUGAAGCCUGGAUCUAUUGGUGCACGUUUUCCUAAAUCAAAAGGAUCUGAAGUGCAGAGAUCUUCAAAUCUCGAUGCUGCAAUAGCCGGUGCUCGAGCCGCAGCUACACAGUUCUCGAAGAAGGAUCAGAAUUCCCAAAUCACUCAGAACAGCAAUCCAAAUUCGGCAAGGACAAGACAGAUGACAAGGAAAUUAACUGAAGAGGAUGAAACCACGUCCCCUGAUUUGGGUAAAAGAUUUGAUACGAGGGAUAUAACGUCAGACAAAGAAGGUAAUGUAAAUCAGACUGUGCAUGAGGGAAGCAGUAGGGACACUCAACCUCCUCGUGCAGAUUCAAGACCUGAUUCUGGGGCACCUUCUAAGAUUUUCGCUGCGGCGCUGAAAGGACUGACCCGAUCGUGAGUUCCCAUUACCUUUUCAUACGACCGGCCUUUGUAAUAAACCAUAUCCAGCAUGUGAUCAAGUUGUGAUGACGCAGAAGAUUCAAGGAUGGACCUUUAACCCAUGGAUGUUUGGUUAAUGUAUGUUAUUUAUUUAUUUAAUUUUUUUCUUUCCUGGGAUGGAUAACGAUUAUUAUUGUGUCUGUAUGUUGGAGUGGUUUAGAGCUUGAUUGUAGUUUCUUUCUUUUCAUCGUGUUGUAUUGUAUCCUCAUUAACAGUUAGUGAACAUUACUGUUGGUAUAUAUGUAGGUCAAAUAUAUUGCAAAGAGGUUUGAAUUAUUUGGUUGCUGCUGAAUUUUGUAUUCGGAAAGUGCUAUUAUGUAGUCGUCAUCUGUGCACCUCUCAAA